CCUUGAAAAGGAAAGGAGCUCUCGGUAAAACAUGUCGUGGAUCAGAGAGGGCGAGCUGACCAUCAUAGAGAGGUUUUGUGCCAACAUCAUUAAGGCAGGUCCGAUGCCCAAGCAUGUCGCCUUCAUCAUGGAUGGCAAUCGCCGUUAUGCCCAAAAGUGUCAUGUGGAGAGGCAGGAGGGGCAUUCGCAAGGCUUCGAUAAGCUGGCGCAGACAUUGCGGUGGUGCUUAAAUCUGGGCAUUCGGGAGGUCACUGUUUAUGCCUUUAGUAUUGAGAACUUUAAACGCUCCAAGGAGGAGGUGGAUGGACUAAUGGAUCUGGCAAGACAGAAAUUUAGCCGCCUACUGGAAGAACAGGAGAGGCUGAAGAAGCACGGUGUGUGUAUCCGUGUCCUUGGGGACCUGCCACUUCUGCCCUUGGAUAUUCAGGAGCUGAUUGCCCGAGCUGUGCUGGCAACUAGGAACUACAAUAAGUGCUUUCUAAAUGUCUGCUUUGCAUACACAUCCAGACACGAAAUCAGCAAUGCUGUCAGGGAGAUGGCUUGGGGGGUGGAACAAGGACUGCUCGAACCCAGUGACGUGUCUGAAUCAUUGCUUGAUAAGUGUCUGUACACCAACAACUCCCCUGACCCAGACCUCCUGAUUCGGACCUCUGGAGAGGUUCGACUGAGUGAUUUCUUGCUCUGGCAGACAUCCCAUUCAUGCCUGGUGUUUCAGUCAGUCUUGUGGCCAGAAUAUUCCUUUUGGAACUUGUGUGAGGCUAUCCUGCAGUUCCAGAUGAACUACAGCACUUUACAGAAGGCCAGAGACUCCUACAUGGAGGAAAGGAGGCGACAACAGAUGGAAAGAGAUCAGGCUUAUGUGACAAAGAAGCUGCAGCAGGAGGGUUUCGCGUCCCACGGAGACUCUCGGCGCCGACGGACGCUGUUGCAGAAAUGCACCGCCAUGCGGGAAGAGAGAAUCCAGGGCUUUCUACAGGCACUAGAGCACAAGAGAGCGGACUUCUUUGAAAGAUUGUGUACGGUGUCUGCAUGACAUAGGUGCUGGGUGGUUCUUGGGAAGACAAUUUUUAACAGCAUUAGAGGGAACAGCUGCUGCCCAGAGGAAUUCGAGAUGGGGAUGCAGGGCUGCUGUAGGACUUUACGUCCCUGCUGGCCCUGUCUGAGGGCGGGGACAGAGUACUGUGAACCUUUCUAGUUCUGUGAACGCUGGUGGGGAAGGUAAUGCCGUCCUUCUGUCUCACCUUCCUGCCCCUGAUGAUGGAGAAUGCACGUACC